AGCCUGUUGAGUAGCCUUCCCUUAUGUAAGGAGCUGUUUUCUGCAUAACAGGUGUUUUCCAACAUUGAGGCCGGUCCACACUUCAACAAGCAGCGGCAAACAGGUGAGCAAAGUACAACCAGAGGAGGCUGCUCUAGGAACUGAGCUACACUCUUGCACCAAGUCAAUCAAUUCUUUAGUUCAUUCCACCAUGUUUGCUUCAGUCAUCCUGCUAUUGAUCUGCGUCGUCUUUCUCAUCAUUCAACUCAAAUCCCGGAGGCCCAAGAACUUUCCACCAGGACCCCUCGUCCUGCCGAUACUGGGGAACAUUUUGGACCUGAGCCUAGAUAACCCCCUGAAGGACUUUGAGAGGCUGAGGAAGACUUAUGGAAAUGUCUACAGUUUACUUCUCGGCACCAAACCAGCAGUAGUCAUCAAUGGGAUGAAGACCAUUAAGGAGGCUUUAGUGACCAAGGGCAUUGAUUUUGCUGGAAGACCCCAAGACCUGUUUGUCAAUGACACCACCCGAAGGAAAGGAGUGAUUCUAGCAGAUUAUGGCUCUGGUUGGAAGGAUCACCGUCGUUUUGCUCUGAUGAACUUGAGGAACUUUGGUAUGGGGAAGGAUUCCAUGGAGGAGAGGAUUCAUGGAGAGAUAAAAUACACCCUUGACACGCUGGAUAAGAGCAUUGGCAAAUCCUUCAGUCCUCUACUUAUGUUUCAUAAUGCAUCCUCCAACAUCAUCUGCCAGGUUCUGUUUGGUAAACGCUACGAGUAUGAUGAGGAGUUCAUCAAAGUGAUUGUUCAAUGCUUUACUGAGAAUGCCAAAAUAGCCAACGGACCAUGGGCUAUGCUUUAUGACUCUUUUCCCAUGAUUCGAAGCCUGCCGCUGCCCUUCAAGAAGGCCUUUAAGAAUGUUGAGACUUGUCAGAAACUUGCAAUUUCUUUGAUGAAUGAGCACAAGCAGACAAGAGUCCCUGGAGAGCCACGAGACUUUACUGACUGUUAUCUGGAUCAGCUGGAUAAGGUGGGUGAUGAUCGUUCCUCCUUUUCAGAAGCACAGCUGACUAUGUUCAUUCUGGAUCUUCACUUUGCUGGGACUGACACUACUUCCAACACCCUGCUUACUGGUUUUCUCUACCUUAUGAACUACCCACACGUACAAGAGCGUUGUCAGCAGGAGAUAGAUGAGGUGUUGGAAGGGAAGGAUCAGGCCAGUUUUGAGGACAGAAACAACAUGCCUUACAUGCAGGCUGUGAUCCAUGAAGUGCAGAGGGUAGCAAACACUGUUCCACUCAGCGUCUUCCACUGUACGACUAAAGACACAGAGCUCAUGGGGUAUUCCAUCCCCAAGGGUACGCUGAUCAUCCCUAACCUGACGUCAGUGCUGAAUGAGGAGGGACAAUGGAAAUACCCCAAUGAAUUCAACCCUGACAACUUCCUCAAUGACCAGGGAGAGUUUGUCAAACCAGAGGCCUUCAUGCCUUUCUCCGCAGGUCCUCGUAUGUGUCUCGGAGAGGGUCUGGCUCGCAUGGAGCUUUUCCUCAUCAUGGUGACGCUGCUGAGGAAGUUUAAAUUCAUCUGGCCUGAGGAUGCUGGAGAGCCAGACUUCACUCCAGUCUAUGGGGUCACUCUGACUCCCAAACCUUAUCGCAUGAAAGUCCAACUUAGGGCAAUGCAGUAAGCACAGAAUUAAUGGAUGGUUUCGACCAACCAGCCAACAACAUGUUGAGCUACCUAUCAUGUGGCCUUCACUGUAAGCAAUGCUUCCACCAAACAAACUAUUAGCCUCAUGAACCUCACAUACAUUAUUAAAUUAAUAAAACAUACACUACUUUCAAUAAAAGCAUCUGCUAAUGCUAUGAGCUUAAACAUGUUAAGCUAUGACAUGCUUUGAUAAGUUUACUUACCAAUAACCUAAAAUGGCACACUUUUAUAUACGUAGUGUUUACUACCUAUGACAUGCUUUGAUAUGUAAUUGUUUUAUAUGGGAUUGAUAUGAUUGGGGCUUUCAGCAAAAAUAUGUUUUAAGUCUGAGGUAAGAUUUCUUGCAAUAGAUGAUGCUUUUAUGAGUUAAAGAAUAAACUGCAAUAUUAACUAAUCUGUCUUCUCAACGUAUCUGUUUUUGUUGCUAGAGUUUCAAUACCAAAU